AUGGCCUCGAGCGCUGGGCUGGCCUGGUCCCUAUGCAAGAGGAUGGCCCCCCAGCCUGUGGAGAUGCUCUUCUCCACGCCUGCCAGUUCCUCCAUGCCCCACGCCAUGCCACGGACAGAGCUGCUGAGCCUGCUGCGUUCGGACCGGCCAGUUAACCCGGGUGUGGGCGGGGCGCGGCCGGGCUCGCGAAACAUGGCGGGCUUCGGCUUCGCCUGCGGCGCCGGCGGCUCGGAGGACGAGGACGACGACGGCGUGUCCCGGGCGGCCGUGGCGGUGUUCGCGAAGCUGAAGGGCCUGAACUGUCCGCUCAUGGAGGGGCUUCAUAUCUCAGAACCCAAGACCAUUCGGGAACUGCUGUGCAGCCCCUCCAAGUACCGCCUGGAAAUCCUGGAGUGGUUGUGUGCCCGGGUCUGCCCCUCCUGGCAGGAGCAGUGCAGCAUGCAGAAGGGGGCCCCGACUGAGGCAAAAAUCCAAGAGAUGGCGAACCUCGGCCACGAGCUACUGUUGUGCGGGCCGGAUGACCAGGAGCUCCUAAGGGGCCGGGCCUGCCCCCAGAAGCAGCUACACUUCUUGGACCAGUUGCUGGAUGCAGUCCGCAGCCUGGGCGCGGGAUGUACCGGGGGCUGCAGCACCAGGGAGCACUUUGAGGAUACCCGGGAGAAGAACGAGGCAUUGCUGGGGGAGCUCUUCUCCUGUUCCUACUUGCAGUCGCUUCUGAGCCCCGAGUGUGACCCGUGGCCUCUGGACAUGCGGCCCCUCCUCGAGCAGCGUAGUGAAGAGUGGAGGAGGGCGAGCCCCUCUGUUGAAUCAGAGGAGGAGAAAGUGGUGGAGCUGACCAAGCAGCUGCAGGAGAGCACCACCAGGCUACAGGCGCUCAGGGCAGAGUGCUUCACGCCCCAUCAGCGGGGGACAGCCACGAAUGGGGCUGACACCAGCACCUUGGACCAGCAGCUGCGCCUGGUCACCUCAGACUUCCACCAGCUGGUGGUAGCUUUCCUGCAAGUGUGCGAGGACGAGCUGGGCGACUGUUGCCAGCGCCCGGGCGCCUAUCUGCACCCGUGUGGCCCCGUCGUGCAGGCUGUCCACCAGACUCUGGCUUCGUGCAGCCAGCUGUUGAGAGUGGUCGUGGCGGUCACUGACACGUCGGCCGAAGCCGUGGCGAUGGCGAAGCAGCAGCAGGACGAGCCAAUCUGCUGGAGUGGCAGCAGCUCCGUGAUGAGUCUUGCCACCAAGAUGGACGAGCUGGCCCAGAGGCAUAAGGUCUUCCCUGGCGGACCGCACACAGGCGCCGGCUAGCCUGGCAGCAGAGGAGCAGCCCUGAGCGGCAGGGCCCCUGCGUGGGUCCCACACAGCUCUGGGGCGG